AUGAACAAAGCUCCUCGACAGAAACGAGCUGAAAUCCAGCGCUUAACUAGUAUCUCUAAUCUCCGAACAAAACAAUUAAGCAGUAGUGCAGUUGGUAAACGAGGCCACGAAGAACCAGACCGUAUCGAACAUUUCGAUCUUGAACUUCGACCAAGCAAAUUACACGAUCUUAAAGUUGGCGAGUUUAUUAGUGGAGGCGACAGUAAUGGAAUAUUUACUAAAUUUUCUGGUUAA